AUGGCAGCCUACAAAAAUACUGUCACCGGUACCACCAACACCACCGCAAUGCCCCUUGCCACCAACACCACCACAACAAUACUUGUCACCAACACCAAUGCCAGGAAAAACAGUGAUAUAAUUGUAAGCACGAUAGCCAAAUUUAAAAGACUGAGGAGCCGCCGCCACAGUUUAGAAUGUGGUUCUAAGCUUGUUGCCCAGAGCUACGAUGGUGCUGCCGUAGUGGCUGGACAUUUAGGAGGCCGUCAAGCUAAAGUGAAAGAGAAAUUUAAGCAUGCAGUUUUCGUUCACUGUAUAGCACAUAGAAUUAAUUUGGUUUUAUCGCGAAGCAUGGACAAUAUUAAAGAUUGCAAAGUUUUCUUUUCGACGCUUAGUGGUUUGGCUUCCUUCUUUUCAAAGUCAUCGAAAAGAACUUGCGCUUUGGACAUUCACUUUCAAAAAACGUUUCCAAAAGUUGCUUCGACGCGAUGGAACUAUAAUGGACGUUUAGCGCAAACAGUGUUUCAAUACCGUUAUUUUUUGAUACACUUUUUUCAAGACCUUUGA